AUGACAUCCACGAGCUCUACGGCAAUGGGCACACAGACAGAGAAGGAGCCAGAAACUGAUCUCAAGAUCUUGAUGUCCGAAAACCUCCGGCUUCAGGAUAUCGUCCGAGAUCAAGAAGCUGAACUAUUUGACCUACAGGCUCAAUGCUCUGCCCAAGAGGAAGAGAUCGAGCAGCUGAUUGACACCAAGCGCUACAUGCAGUGUGAGCUGCGAGAAGUUGAAAGUGAGUUCAGAAAAGCAAGAAACAAUUGGAUCGAUGUGCACAACCGCCUGGCAGCAGUCCAAGAUGAUCUUGCUCGAGAAUGGCUGCCCCGGACGCUCUUCACCACCAAGAGCGGAAAGUCCUUUCACACGAACCCUGAGUGCCAAGCUUUGUCUUCAGCAGACCACUCGCAAAUGAAGCAGUGGGAUUGCUGUGCUUACUGCGGCCAAAAGGCCCUUGAGAGGCCCGAGCCUGUGGAAGCAAAGAAGUGGCAUGAAGGAGGACAAUGUACAUCACCCGGUGGGCCAUGGAGUCCACAAGCUGCUGAUACACUUCGAGUCCUUUUUGGGAACGCAGUGCCGUCAGGUGAGGAGCUGGCGGCCAGGCUUCAAGCAGCUGUGCCAGAGAGCUACGAGGACUGA